GUAGCUGUCAAACGUCAUUUGUUUUCUUUCAGAAUUAUUUUGGAUGAAAAACAUUCGUUUCCGAUCUAAAUCUGUUUUCAUCUUGAAUUUGUGAAGUGAUAUUUACGUGAAAAAUGGCUCUGUUCCCCGGAGCCGUCGCGUUCGACGAAUAUGGACGCCCAUUUAUCAUAUUGCGGGACCAGGAUAAACAAAAACGGCUUACCGGUCUUGAUGCUUUGAGGUCACACAUCUCAGCGGCGCGGCAGAUCGCUGGCAUCCUCCGCACAUCCCUCGGCCCCCGCGGCCUGGACAAGAUGAUGGUGUCCCCCGACGGCGAGGUCACCGUCACCAACGACGGCGCCACCAUCUUGAAGCUGAUGGAUGUGGAGCACCAGAUCGGCAAGCUCAUGGUGCAACUGGCUCAGAGUCAGGAUGAUGAGAUUGGAGACGGGACUACUGGUGUUGUGGUUCUUGCUGGCGCCCUCCUCGAGCAGGCCUCCAACCUCCUCGACAAGGGCAUCCACCCGAUCCGCAUCGCCGACGGCUUCGAAAUGGCGGCCGCCGCAGCCCUGGCCCACCUGGACUCCAUCAGCGAGGCCUUCCCAGUCAAUAAGGACACCAGGGAUCACCUCAUCAAAGUGGCCAUGACUACACUCGGCAGCAAAGUUGUUGUUAAGUGUCAUAAGUUGAUGGCGGAGAUCGCUGUGGAUGCCGUGCUAUCAGUGGCGGACCUGGAGAAGCGCGACGUGAAUUUCGAGCUGAUCAAAGUGGAAGGCAAGGUUGGGGGUCGCAUGGAGGAUUCCCUGCUGGUCAAGGGAGUGGUCAUAGACAAGACCAUGAGCCACCCGCAGAUGCCUAAAGUUCUUAAGGACGCGAAACUCGCCAUCCUCACCUGCCCGUUCGAGCCCCCGAAGCCCAAGACCAAGCAUAAGCUGCAAGUCGGCUCAGCGGACCAGUACCGCGAGCUCCGCGCCUACGAACACGACAAGUUCCUCGAGAUGGUCCGACGUGUCAAGGAUACCGGAGCGACAUUGGCCAUCUGCCAAUGGGGCUUCGACGACGAGGCCAACCACCUUCUCCUUGCCGAGGGUCUGCCCGCCGUCCGCUGGGUCGGAGGACCAGAGAUGGAGCUGAUAGCCAUCGCUACUGGAGGCAGGAUUGUGCCUCGCUUCGAAGAACUUACUCCGGAGAAGCUUGGAAAGUGUGGCCUGGUUCGCGAACUAGCCUUCGGCACAUCCAAAGAGGAGAUGUUAGUGAUCGAGGAAUGCAGCAACUCCCGCGCAGUCACCGUGCUCAUGCGCGGGGGCAACCGAAUGAUCGUUGAAGAAGCAAAACGUUCAGUACAUGAUGCGCUCUGCAUUGUGCGCAGCUUAGUGCAGGACUCUCGCGUUGUAUACGGUGGAGGUGCGGCCGAGAUCUCAUGCUCUCUGGCCGUCGCACGCGCAGCUGAGAGCAUCUCGUCUUUAGAUCAGUACUCGUACCGCGGCUUCGCUGAUGCACUUGAAGCCAUCCCGCUCGCUCUCGCAGAGAACAGCGGGCUGUCGCCCAUCGACGCGUUGUCGGAGGUGAAGGCGCGGCAGGUGGCCGACAAGAACGCCAACCUCGGCAUCGACUGCAUGGGCAAGGGUACAAACGACAUGAAGGCAACGAACGUGAUCGAAUCCCUUCACUCUAAGAAGCAGCAGAUAGCGCUCGCCACCCAGCUUGUCAAGAUGAUCCUCAAGAUUGACGACGUUAGGUCACCGGCUGACUCCAUCCAGUAAUCCCACUUCUGAACCAUAGGAUUACAAGCCAAUCCCACUUCUGAACCAUGAGCAUAACAAGCCAAUUCCACUCACAACUAGAAUUACAAGCCAACAAUCGCACUUCUACAAGCCUUAGAUUUCCUAGAAGGCUAAUUCCAUUCUUCCCGUAUUCUAGCCCUUUUUGUGCAAACAACAACACUCCUAACUGUCCAUCGGUGGACCUUAUGCCUUUUGUGAUAAGGUUUACGACCUGUCAGUUAACAGUGUGGGCGAUGGUAUAUUCUACAAUUAAAAUUGUAUCCAUAAAUACGUCCAGCUCAACGCAAUAUAAGGUCAGUUCAGAAGUAAAACUAUGAGUGGGGCAUUUAAUUAUUGUUACUAACUAGUUGCAGUGGUUCUAUGUGAUGAGAUGUUGAGUAAAUAUCGGUAUAUUUUGGACAGUCAGCAGCAGAAGUUGCUAAGCGGGCGGGGUGUUCAAAAUUACCUUGACACGCUCUUAUUUCAAGGUCAUUUUGAACACCUAGCCCGCUUGGCAAGUUCUGCUGCCGAAUGUACGAUCAAGAGAUACCUUCUGUUUUAUACAAUUUUAAACCAUUCAGAACGCUAGAAUCAUCUUGUAAUGUUGCCUUUCUGUAUUAAUAUUUUUAUAUUGGUAAUACAUAUAUUUAUGCUGGUCAAUUAUUUUAAAUUUUCAUGAGUUUUAGAGUUGUAAAAAUAUAUGUUCAUAAUAAUACCUUCUACAGUUGUCUAAUGAUGUGAGGACUUCAAGGUUUUCUCGAGACAUAUAAUAGCGGUGUUAAAAUGGCUCAUUAUACAACUCUAGGUUUUAAUGAAUGUAUUUGUUGUGUCAUCACACUAUUACCACACAUGUCUCAAUUCACUAAUUCGUAUUUUAGGUUAUUCGAGUUCAGUAUGCUAGUUUAAGUUAUGCAUUUUAUUGAACGAGGUACGUGCGUAUCUCAAGCCUUAUUGCACUAAUAAAAGUAAUAAAAUUA